AAGGUUUUCAUAAGAUGCAAAUCAUCUAACGUUCAGUGUUAUGAGGUUUGACGCUAGAUUUACAAAUCAAGAAGUAUACUAGUUUUAUUGUUUUUGGCUCUUAACUUUUAAGAAGCAUAUUAUGGGAGAUUCAACUUACGAUCGUGCUAUAACUGUAUUUUCACCUGAUGGUCACCUAUUUCAGGUUGAAUAUGCACAAGAAGCAGUUAAGAAGGGAUCAACAGCGGUUGGUGUUCGAGGAAAUACCAUUGUUGUUCUGGCUGUUGAGAAGAAAUCUGUUGCAAAACUACAAGAAGAACGAACAGUCCGAAAAAUAUGCCUUCUUGAUGAACACGUAGUAAUGACAUUUGCAGGUUUAACUGCAGAUGCAAGGAUAUUGAUAGAUAGGGCAAGGGUCGAAUGUCAAAGUCAUAAGCUAACAGUAGAAGAUCCAGUAACACUAGAAUAUAUUACACGGUACAUAGCACAACUGAAACAGCGUUACACACAAAGUAAUGGCAGAAGACCCUUUGGAAUUUCUGCCUUAAUUGCUGGUUUUGAUUAUGACCACACACCUCAUCUUUUCCAGUCUGACCCCUCUGGUGUUUACCAUGAAUGGAAAAAUUCAGAUAUAUUGAAGGAUUAG